AUGGCAGACAGAGCGAGCAAUAUGCUGAAAAGGCUUCACCCGGAAGACGAUGAACUCGAGAGCCAGAAACGGGCCAGAUCCAACAAUGGCUCUCCUCGUCCCACCACUCCGGCUACCGCCGCCGCCUCUGCGCAAAUGGGGACAAAGCCAGACGCCGAUGCGAUAGUAGCUCGUGCUAAGGCUGCGGCUGCAGCCAAGGCGGCCGAGUUGAAAGCGAAAUUGGCAGCCAUGAAGAGCGGCGGAUCGAUCGCAUCACCUGCAAUGACAGCGAGUGCAUCGCCGACCCCAAAUCUGAGUACAGCCGACAGGAUUGCUCAGAUGAGGGCUCGUGUGGCAGCAGCGACCGGCCGAGCGGCAGCACAGACUCAGCAAAAGCCAUCGACAAACUUCACUGCGCCAGCCUACAAUGAUGACAUGUCGAAAGCACGAGGAGGGCUGAACAUUGGUAUACACCCUGAUUUGCUGGCUGAUGCGCAGCAAGACGCGCAGAGAAGCAAGGGGCGAACACCGCAGCCGAAGUUCCCAUCUGCCAUGGGAAAUCGAAGAACAGAGUCACCCGCUCCAGUGCAGCAAAAGGCACAGUUGGAUCUCUCGGGCCCUUCGUUGGAAGAACUCAAGGAUAACCCAUACUUUGAUGCGAGUCUGGGUUCCCGAAAUGUGGUGCCUAAAGCUCGGCAUUCUCGACAGUUAGUCUUCAACCAGAAGGGCAAAUAUAUCCAACAAGCGGCAGCACUCCGACGUCAAGCGCAGUUGGAAGCUAUGAAGAAGAAAAUCGCGGAGCGCGCAAGGCAAGCCGGAUUGGAAGAAGAUCUCGAUACCGACAAGGCAUUCCUCGUCCCUCCGCCCCCUGACCUAGAAUGGUGGGACGAAGGCCUCGUGAACGGCAAAUCUUACGAUGCCAUCUCCGACCCUGCAAACCUGAAGAUCGAUACACCGGAUAGCAUCAUCACGGUCUACAUACAACACCCAGUGCUCAUCGAGCCACCACAGAAGAAGAACAACCCUCCGCCCAAACCCAUGUAUCUCACCUCGAAGGAACAAGCCAAACUCCGCCGCCAGCGACGCAUGGCCGAUCUCAAGGAAGAACAAGCCAAGAUCCGACUUGGUCUCGUCCCGCCUCCUCCACCAAAGGUGAAAAAGAGCAACUUGAUGCGCGUCCUCGGCGAGGAAGCCGUCAAAGACCCCACGGCCGUCGAAGCCCGGGUGAACAGGGAGAUUGCUGAACGGGCGCAAAAGGCCGAAGAAGCCAACCUGGCCCGCAAACUCACCAAGGAACAACGCGCCGAAAAGCUCGCAAAGCAGCAAGCCGAAGACGCCAACCGCGGGAUCCACAUGCGCGUCUGGAAGAUCGACUCCCUCGCAAACGGCAAACACCGGUACCAGGUCUCGGUCAACGCGGACCAGAACGCCCUCACAGGCGUGGUCAUCAUGCACCCGAAGAUGAACCUCGUGGUGGUCGAAGGCGGCGAGCACAGCAUCCGGAACUACGAAAAGCUGAUGCAAAACCGCAUCCGCUGGACCGAGAUGGAAGCGCCCCGUUCCGUGGCACAGGGGAACCGCGAGGCCCUCGCCAAAUGGCUCGAGGCCGAGGACGAGAACGGCGAACUCAAGGAUCUGAGCCUGAAUAAGUGCGAGUUGAUCUUCAAGGGCGAGGAAAAGCAGCGGAAUUUCAAGAGGUGGUUGGGCGCCCGGGUGUGCGAGACCGACGCCCAGGCCAAGGAUGUGUUGAGCAGAGCCAAGAUGGACAACUUUUGGGCUUUGGCGAAGACUUUCAAGAAGGAGGUCUGA